AUGUCAUGGUGCUGGGUGGGGGGUGGGUGUACCUUCUUUGCUGGGUCUGCUAUUAAUGGUGGGGCUGUCAAUAUUGCCAUGCUUAUCUUGGGCCGUAUCUUGCUUGGAUUUGGUGAUGCGUUCACAAACCAAAUGUGGAGCCCAAAAAAGUGUCUCACAAAUCAAUUGAGAUCGUACGAAGAGUUUUAUCCUGAACUUAUGAUAUUUUCUCUAGAGACUCGAUUACAUAUGACAAGUACCAAUCUACCUCUCAGAGAUCACACCACCCAAGUGGCGCGGCGUAUUCAGCACAGGCUUCCAGUUCUGCAUCGGAAUCGGGAUGGUGGCCUCCAACUGCAUAAACUACGCCACCUCGAAGCACAGCUGGGGCUGGCGCCUCUCCUAGGCCUAGCCAUAGUCCCAGCCACCAUCAUGACCACUGGCGCCCUCUUCAUCUCAGACUCACCCACAAGCUUAGUACAAUGCAACAGACUAGACCAAGCCAGAAAAUCUCUCAUCAAAAUCCGAGGCAAGGAGGAUAUCGAAGCAGAACUUGCCCAGCUCGUUAAGGCCAGCGAGAUCGCCAAAGCUCUCAACGAGGAGCCAUUUGUGACCAUAUUUCAGAGGCAGUACAGGCCUCAGCUUGUGAUCGGGGCCAUUUCCGUGCCGUUUUUUCAGCAGGUCACUGGUAUUAAUAUCAUUGCUUUCUAUGCGCCUGUGUUGUUUCAGUCUGUAGGGUUUGGCAACGACUCUGCUCUCAUUGCGUCUAUUAUUCUUGGGUUGGUUAAUCUUGGCUCGAUCCUUGUGUCGACGUACAUGGUUGAUCGUCAUGGUCGGAGGUUUUUGUUCAUGGAGGGUGGCAUCCAAAUGGUCAUCUGUCAGGUAUGUACCGAUGGCAACGAGCACAUCUCAAAGGGCUAUGCCAUACUAGUUCUGGUGUUGAUGUGUAUAUAUGCCGCUGGUUUUGGUUGGUCAUGGGGUCCUUUGAGUUGGCUUAUACCAAGUGAGAUUUUCCCCAUGAAAAUUCGACCCACAGGCCAAAGCAUGGGGCUUGCUGUCAACUUCGGUGUUACAUUUGUGCUAUGCCAUUUAAAAUAUACCACAUUCUUGUUCUACGGUGGUUGGAUUCUGGCAAUGACCGUCUUCGUCGUGCUUUUCUUGCCAGAGACGAAAGGAAUCCCAUUGGAUCAAGUGCAUACGAUGUGGGUGAAGCAUUGGUACUGGAGUCGAUUUGUUCAAGGUGACCUUAAGGAUACCAUUGAUGAAAAAGAGUAA